AUGCCUUCGGCGUCCGAUCGCCACUCUGCACUUUCAAGAGCCCGGGCCACGACACCGACAGGGCUGCACAGAGGCGCAGGGGAGGCGGACCACUCGAACAUCGCGGUGCACUCGCGGCUCGUCGGCCACUCCCGUGCCAUCACCUCGUGCUUCUUCAACCUGCUGGAGGACCAGCUGGUCACCACCUCCAUCGACAAGUCCGUGCGCUUCUGGGCCGUCGACUCCGGAGAGAUGCUGAAGGUCUUCACCGACUCGUCGCCCGUGCCGGUGGCCAUCUUCCUGCAGUUCUCGCCGCAGGUGUUCGUGGCCGCCAACUCCAACGCCGUCCUGCGGCUGGUCAACAUGCAGAACGGCACGGUGCUCCAGAAACUGAAGGUGGAGACCGAGGUCCGCGCGCUGCAGUUCGACGACACCGGCCUGCACCUCUUCGCGGGCACCAAGAGCGGCAGCAUCCACACGCUCGAGGCGUCGGAGUCCAACACGCUGAAGUUCAAGCACAAGCUGCACCUCUCCCGCGGCGGCAUCACCUGCCUCACCUUCGUCCCUGCGGCCCACGGGAUGCCCGCGUGCCUGCUCGUCAACAGCUCCGACUCCAAUGCGAGCAUCGUCGACUGCACAUACAGCGGCAACAAUCAGAUAAUGAACCUCCAGGUCCGGCACCGCGUGAGGGUUGCCCACUCACUGCUGCCCCUGAAGUGCUGCUACUCGCCGUCAGGGCAGGGCUACUUGAUCUCCGGCUCGGAAGACAAGGAGGUCUACAUCUACUCUCUGGCCAGGGGUUCGAAUUACAAGAUGCACUACCUGAAGCACCACCCAGUGCCCGUCGUUGCAGUGGCGGUGAACAAGCAGGACACACUUCUUGCUAGCGCAGACUCCCUGGGCCGCAUCGUGCUCUGGAGAAGGACGGAGUCUUAG